UCUCUCUACAUUACAAUCUCGCAAAUCUCUCCGUCAUUGAUCAGUUUUUUAAAUGCUCUAAAAAAGUUUCUUUUCUUAAGUUUUCUUUAGUUUCUUUGUUCACUAUUUCUACCACCACUUGUCAUACUCAUAUCUCACCAUUGCCAUGCGAUAAGUACAUGAGAGAAAGAGAGAAAGUGAAUAAAAGAUAGCGCGCUAACAAUAUGAUAAGUUUCAUUCUGUGCACAUUGCACAUGUGCUAUUGGAACAUAAGAAAAAUCUUAGAAUGUAUAUGAGGAAAUGUGUAUAUGUGUUGAUCUUGAGAUAACUACUGAUAACUGUCAAAUGAAGGAAAUCGACUGUGCGUCAGAUUAUCACAUUUUUAAUAAAUUUAAAUUGCAAAAUUAUUUUAUCAUAUAUAUCGUAGCCUAAUUAUUUCAUUAGAUACUGUAAAAUUAUGAAUCUGAUUUGAUAUAUCAAUUUAAAAAUAUCAGGGGAUCUCUCAAUUGUAUUAACGCAUUGGAAAAAAUUUCCAUCAUAUUAUUUAACCUCAAUUAUCUGACAUCUGACAUGGUGCUACACAUCCAACAACUAAAAAUCGACAACAUUUGAAAAUAUUAUCUAAAUAAAAGUGUAGUGCACUUAAAAAUAAAAGAAUAAUGUCAAACAUAAGCUUUUACCGUAUAAUUGAGUUAUUAUCAACUGUCAUUGUAUAUCUAUGCCUCAGCAUAAGUAAAACUUUAGACACAAAUUAUGUGCCAAUAUAUUUAUAUUUAUAUACUUUAUAUGAUUCAAUUAUUUGACAUUUCAUUUUCAUUCUAUGUGAAAUUGUUUAUCUUGUAAUAAUACAUAGGAAACAACAAUUCGACGGGAUACCUAAUACACUAUUAGUUCUACAUAAUUAUUUAUCUACAUCUUUUGACUGUGAGAAAUAAAUAUAUAUAUAAUUUUUUCAAAAAUAUUAUAUAUAAAUUUUAUCAAUAUGAGCUUGGAAAGAGGACUAGCAUCCAAAUACAUAUACAUUACAUUUGUAAUUGCAGCUUACUGGAUAGUAUCCAUUUUGACUGUAUUUGUAAAUAAGGCACUUUUAUCCAGUAAAGCUGUAAACUUGGAUGCUCCUCUGUUUGUAACUUGGUUUCAAUGCAUAGUGAGUGUAACUAUCUGCAUUACUUUACGCAAACUGUCACAAUGGUUCCCAAGAUACAUUGAAAUUGCAGAUGGUAGCCCAUUUAGAAAAGACAUUUUGAAAAAGGUACUGCCAUUAUCACUCCUGUUUACUGGAAUGAUAGCAACUAAUAACUUGUGUUUAAAAUAUGUUGGUGUUGCUUUUUAUUAUGUAGGCCGUUCACUAACAACUGUAUUUAAUGUGGUGUUUACCUAUAUCUUACUUGGGCAAACAACAUCUUUCAAAUGCAUAAUAUGCUGUGCAGUAAUUAUCGCUGGGUUUUGGUUGGGUGUAGAUCAGGAGCAUGUAGCAGGUUCUCUAUCCGUUUCUGGAACAUUUUUCGGCGUGCUUGGAUCAUUACUGUUAUCUUUAUAUUCUAUCCGUAUGAAACAGACACUGCCAGUUGUAAAUGACGACAUUUGGUUACUUUCUUAUUAUAACAAUAUGUAUAGUAUUAUUAUCUUUAUUCCUUUAAUGAUAAUUAAUGGUGAACAGACGAUUGUAUAUAAUUAUGAGAAGCUUGGACAUCCUCUUUUUUGGGGUGCUAUGACGAUCGGUGGUAUAUUUGGUUUUGCCAUCGGAUAUUUUACUGCGCUUCAAAUAAAGGUUACAUCUCCUUUAACACAUAACGUUAGUGGUACUGCAAAAGCAUGCGCUCAAACAGUCUUAGCAACUUAUUGGUUCAAAGAAGAAAAAUCAUUUCUUUGGUGGAUAAGUAAUAUCAUUGUGCUUACCGCCAGUGCAUUUUAUGCAAAGAUUAGGCAAUUAGAUUUAAGUAAAGAGUACAAAAUUGAGACACAACAACUUAAGGUGUAACAAUGAUAAUGAGAUAUAAUUUAUUUAUUAUAUAUAUAAAUAUCAUUUUUUACAAUUAUAUGUACAAAUACUUUCUUAAAAACACAGUUAAAAAAAUGCAAAGAGAAAAUAGAGAGCAAUGUGACAUGAAAAA